AGUGCUGUAGCCAAUCCGGUUUCUGCAUUUCAUGAAGGGGUGUGGUAUACCGCUAUCAAAGCGAAGUUAACCUCGCAUGUACACGACUACUUCUGGUUUGGGGAGAUGGCGUCGUUAGCAGGGACAGAGCCAGAACCAAACCCGGGAAAAUUACCAACAGGGGACACCGUAGUACCCGCUUCCAUAUUUGCACCGGACUGUGGGGACGACUUAUCUGGGGGAGAGUAUUUUGAAGACGGCGAGGAUGUUAACGGCGAAUCCGAGGAUCAUUUAGACUUUACUAGCAAGCUGGCUUUGGUCAGCCCUACAGGUGAACAGUAUGACUCGUUACUACGGCAACUCCGAGAGAGGAUGGACGAAGGCUGCGGUGAGACCAUCUAUGUGGUAGGAAUGGGCUCAGACGGGGGCGACUAUGGCCUGGAUGAGAGGGACAUGGAUGUGUCUGUGGCCACGGUCCGGGCCCUGUGUGAGCAGCUGGAGGCCGACCUGAUCCUGCUCAGGGAGCGCUGCGACACCGGGGGCAAAGUACGGGACUACCUCAUACGCCGACGCGUCGGAGAGGAGGACUUCCUGGAAGUGAGAGUGGCGGUGGUGGGGAACGUGGACGCUGGGAAGAGCACCCUGCUGGGGGUGUUGACCCAUGGCGAGCUGGACAACGGCCGGGGGUUCGCCCGCCAGAAACUCUUCCGACACAAACACGAGAUGGAGAGCGGCAGGACCAGCAGCGUGGGCAACGACAUCCUGGGCUUUGACCAGGAGGGACAGGUUGUUAAUAAGCCAGACAAUCACGGGGGCAGUCUGGACUGGACCAAGAUCUGUGAGAAGUCCUCCAAGGUCGUCACCUUCAUAGAUCUGGCCGGCCACGAGAAGUACCUGAAAACCACAGUGUUUGGGAUGACCGGCCACCUGCCGGACUUCUGCAUGCUCAUGGUCGGCAGCAAUGCCGGCAUUGUAGGGAUGACCAAGGAGCACCUGGGUUUGGCCCUGGCCCUCAACGUGCCGGUGUUCGUGGUGGUCACCAAGAUCGACAUGUGUCCAGCCAACAUAUUAGCAGAAACGCUGAAGCUUCUACAGAGGUUACUAAAGUCACCUGGCUGUAGGAAGAUCCCUGUGCUGGUUCAGAACAAAGACGAUGUCAUUGUCACCGCGUCCAACUUCAGCUCUGAAAGGAUGUGUCCAAUCUUCCAGAUCUCUAAUGUGACAGGUGAGAACAUGGACCUGUUGAAGAUGUUCCUCAACCUGUUGUCUUCUAAAACGUCCUACAAAGAAGAUGAACCUGCCGAGUUCCAGAUCGAUGACACAUACUCCGUACCGGGCGUGGGCACCGUGGUGUCGGGAACUACGUUACGUGGAUUGAUACGACUCAACGACACGCUGCUCCUCGGCCCGGACCCCCUGGGCAGUUUCCUCCCAAUCGCCGUCAAAUCCAUCCACCGUAAGAGGAUGCCCGUCAAAGAGGUCCGGGGGGGGCAGACGGCCUCCUUCGCUCUCAAAAAGAUCAAGCGUUCCUCCAUCAGGAAGGGCAUGGUGAUGAUCAGUCCCAGGCUCACACCACAGGCCACUUGGGAGUUCAUGGCUGAGAUCCUGGUCCUUCACCAUCCCACCACCAUCUCUCCACGCUACCAGGCUAUGGUGCACUGUGGCAGCAUCCGGCAGACGGCCACCAUCCUGACCAUGAACAGAGACUGCCUGCGUACCGGGGACAAGGCGUCGGUCCACUUCCGCUUCAUCAAGACCCCCGAGUACCUCCACACUGACCAGAGGCUGGUGUUCAGAGAGGGACGCACCAAGGCCGUGGGCACCAUCACCAAGCUGCUCCAGUCGGCCACCAAGUCGCAACAGGCCAAGAUGCACUCCACUAAGAAGGGCACAGUGCCAGCCAAUGAAGAGGCAGGAUCCACACAGAGGCCGGACAGCCCCAAUGCAGGACAGCUACUGACAGUGGCAGAGGAGGAGACACUGUGUAAGGACGGCAACAAGGAGAACAAGCCAAAGUCAGGGGGAGGAGGCAGAAGAAGAGGGGGGCAGAGACACAGAGGAAAAGCCCUGAACAGCACAACGUCCCCAUCCUCACCUUCAUCACAGCAACCAAUACCUGUCGCAGGAGUUGGCGCCACAGCUUAAAACCACCGCCGCCUUUCCUGUCGUCGCCCAACCUUUCUCUUUGUCCUCCUCUGUCCAUCUCCCCCCUCGUAUGUCGAAAUGUAAUAGUUAUGGGUGAAAUAAGAACAAGGGAAUUCGUGUAGCAGAUGAUAAAAUAACUCGAGUUGUGAGUCGUCCCCCCCAGUCUGUCUAGGUAUGUCCCCAUGGGGCUUCAGUGGCGUCUAACCAGCAAGCAACCAUCUGGAACAUAGCUGAAGCAAACCGGGUAUGAUCCAGAGACUAAGAGUCAUUGGUUUAGUUCAAGGUUUAGGCUUGGUCUAAUGGAACACAAGAGAGUAACAAGGUUUUCGUUACUAUUGAUGAACAUUCAUUGUCAUAGACCGGGAAAAUAAUGUGUAGUUCAGGUAUACAUGAAAAUAGAUGGGUCUGUUGACCCCCCCCCCCAGGACAAUACCAGGCUAACAGGGUCCAUAGACUGAUGACUGCAACUACUAAAAAAGACCUUUCCUAAACAAAUAUUGGUGACCAUGUGCCUUUAUUUUGGAGAUAAUGCAGAAGCUGGGUUUUUUCAGUUGGUUUAAGUGGACAAGACACUGUUUCAAAUAAAUGCUAAGUUUGCUGAUGUUUCGGUUCUUUUUUUGUAACAAAUAUUGUACCGAAAUAUGUGCUGAAAACACGCAUAGCAUAUCUGUUCCAUAAUUAAUGUCAGUAGAAUUGGGAGUUGUUGUUCAGAAACCUACUUUGAGUGUUCUGUGUUGGAUUAUUUAUUAGACUUUUAUAGAUUAAAGUGUUUGGAGGAGUAAAAAACAAUUCAAAGACAGCUUAAAAGAAUUUCAGGAGGAUUUGGACAUUUCCUGUGUUAUCCUCUCAAGGACAUGGGUUUAGGACAACAAACAGUCAGAAAUGUAGUUUACUUUUCUAACACUUGGCACACCUUCAAUAAGCUAUUUUGUGUGCGAGGAUUUGAGGGUUAAAGAUUGGGCUGCAUCCAUUGCCAUUGUGGACGUGACUUAAAUUGUAAUUUAUUUUUUCUAAGCAUUAAUUUGAUUUUAUUAGGUCAUGUGUGUCUGCGUGAAGUUUUUUGGGGGGGGGUUUGUAUUGGGACAGGCUUCGGUUUGGAGAAAGGUGUGUAUUGGUUGUUAUCCUAUCAGGUAGAGGUUUAUCCUUCAUGAGUAGUUCUACAAUCAGUUGAAUCAACCCCAGAUCCUUCCCAUUAGCAUUAAAGGGGGAACACAUUUGAUCCUGGAUCUAACAGACAUUUUAUUUCUCAUUUAGUUUUUAUGUUGAACGUUGAUCGCAGUUCUUUGAACUGCCCGUUUCCUUUUCCCUUGUUAUUUUAAAUAACUAGUAUUGCUGCAUGAUUUUAUUUUUGAAGAGACACAUUUUGUGUGUAUGUAUGUACAAAAGGAAAAUUGUGCAGAAAGAAAAAUAUGAUUUAAUUUUAAAAGUGGUGCCCAGUCUGUGUUGUAAAUCCUUUUAAAUAAAGAUGUUUCAGAGUAUCAACA